GUCGCUUUCACUUUUGCUGUCCAUCUGGGAACGUGGUGUGUGUGGAUGUUGCGUAAUUUGUAGCUACAUAUCCAAAUCUCCAGCUUCGAAUCAUAUCAGAUUGACGCUCCGUCAACCUGAGAGCGUGCCUGAAUAGUGGACUCGUGUGACAACCUUCAGUCGACUUGCAUAAUGGCUGCUCUCCGUCAAACUCCACUGACAUGCAGUGGCCAUACUAGGCCAGUUGUUGACCUAGAUUUCAGCAGCAUCACUCCUGAAGGAUAUUUUAUGGUGUCAGCUUGUAAAGAUGGCAAGCCCAUGCUGCGUCAGGGUGACACUGGCGACUGGGUCGGCACCUUCGAGGGCCACAAGGGUGCUGUGUGGGGAGUGGCCCUCAACAAUGAUGCCAGUCGGGUGGCCACGGGUGCUGCAGACUUCACAGCAAAGCUGUGGGACGCGCAGUCAGGCGAGGAGCUGCGCGGCUUCCAGCACAAACACAUCGUCAAGUCGGUGGACUUCUCCGCCGACGCGGGCCUCCUCCUCACCGGCAGUAAUGAGAAGAUGCUGCGCAUCUACGACCUGGCGCAGCCUGAGGCCGAGCCGCAGCUGUUCAAGGGCCACACGGCCAGCAUCAAGAAGGUGAUGUUCCUGCCGGACGGCGAGACAGUCAUCAGCUGCGGCGAUGACAAGAGCCUGCGCGUCUGGGACCGGCGCACGGGCGAGGCGACACGAACGGUGGAGCUGCCGGCGGCGCCCAUGGACGUGGAGGUGUCUGCCGACGGCCAGACACUGACCGUCACGCACGGCAAGACGGUCAGCUUCCGCUCGGUGGAGAGCCUGGAGGAGUUCAAGUCGUACUCGUCGGCGACGCAGUUGUUCUCCGCCUCGCUGCACCCGAGCCAGUCGGUGUUCGUGUGCGGCGGCGAGGACUUCAUCAUGUACAAGUACGACUACGCCACCGGCGCCGAGCUGGAGGCGUGCAAGGGCCACUUUGGGCCCGUACACGUGGUGCGCUUCAGUCCUGACGGCGAGCUGUACGCCUCCGGCUCCGAAGACGGCACGCUUCGGCUCUGGCAGACCACCGUCGGCAAGACGUACGGCCUCUGGAAGUGUGUCGAGGCCACCAUCGAGGCCAAGCCAGAGCAGACGGCCGCGUAACGCGGCAGCGACGUCAUGUCAGCGGCUGCACGAUCGAGACCAGUGGCGCGGCCCCAGUGUCUGCGGCUCUGGCUGGACUCUGACGAUGGUCUCCUCCCCUCGGCGGACUCCUCACCGACGGACUGCCGUGGGCGGGGGCGCGUCGCCGGCAGACAGGCUGUCGCCGUCCCCGCGCGGGUGCCGGACGCAUCUGCGCUCGGUCGGGCCCCGCCGCGGCCGGGUCGCGCCGCCCUCUCGCGCGGCCGCCUGUCCCUCUCUCCCCUCCGGUGGCGGGUCGUGGCUGGCGGGACUGUCCCAGUAGUGGUGGAGGAUCUGUCGGUCGGCGGGAGCGCGCCGCGUCGGCCUUCCCCGACGGUCGGCAGCCGCAGUAACGGCGGUGGGCCACUGACU